AUGGGAGGCUGGGAUGUCUACUGCGCUCUCUGUGGAGGGCCCAUAAGACGAAUCUGGUGGGAUGCUGAUGAUAGCCCGCACGCUGCGUACGACCGAGAAGUGUUCGCCAAUAGCGAAGAUCCGGGCCUGGAAUGGCUCGAGGACAUCCGCCUCAUUGGGGAGAACCCUGCCACUGCCGCGGAUUCCAAGGUUUGGCUUUCAGGCCUCGCGUGCUACGAGGAAUAUGGCGGCGUGUCCUACCAGAGUGGGGAGAACCCCGACCCCGCGAUCUUGGAUUUAGAGGGUUGCGAUGGAGAGAGUGGGAUGAUUAGAGUAUAUAACACUGAUGGAGUAGACGAUCCGUUUUGUGCUCCUUUCCAUACACGUUGUAGCAAGAUCCUUUGCAAGUAUCUGGGUGUCCCUGAGGUCAACAAAGAAGUAUUGCUCGAAUCCCUGAAGAGCCUGGCGGAGGACGGUGACGGGGGGCGAGCCCUCGAUAUCGAGUAUGGCGAUAUCCGAGAACACAUGGAGCAGUAUUGGUGGCCACAACCCGGCACCGAGCAUUUUGUCUGCGACCCAGUAGUGGUCAAGGGGCUGGUUGAAUUCUACAAUCAACUGCCUACACAGGAUACGGGUGACUCCGAGUCGCCCCGAACAUACAACACUGAGGGCGACCCUUUUAGUCAGCUCCCCGCCGAUGUCCUCUUGGUGCUGAUCUCUCUCUUCCCAUCGAUGUCUGACGUCUCCUGCCUUCGGAUAGCUUCCCCGGUGGUUGCAAAUCUGCACCUCGGCAACGGCUUUUGGCGAAGACAGCUGAAAAUUAGGAUGCCGUGGCUUUGGGAUGUUCCGGAGCCCACCGAUUCGCAAAUAACUGAUGUGGAUUGGAAAAAGGUCUAUCAUAGGCUGGAUUGGGCCAGCAGACCCGAAUCCCAAAAGAGGAAUAAACUUCACGGCCUGUGCAACAGACGAAGAAUAUGGGAAACAACCUGUCCCGUGAUUGCGGAGGCUUACGUCGAUUUUUCAGCAAAAAUGGAUGCAUGGGGCAACCCGGAGGCCCAAGUUCUCAAGAAUGUAUUGUUCAGCUCUUUCGAUUGUAUCGGCAGUCGUGGCUGGGCCGGGAUGGAAACAGAAACAAUGACGCUUCUGGACAACUACUCGGAGAUUACCACGGCACGGCCUUUCUUGCUGGUUUCUUGGUCUGAAGACAGCCGCAGCUUCCAUAACAUACGUGUGUUCAGAGACGAAAGCAAACUCAAGCAGAUGAUCGGGGCGGGCAUGGUGGACAUUGUACCUGUCCCGGAUGAUGACUGGAUGACUGGCUUCAUCUUCAGGGGCGGCGUGGGAUCGCAUGAUAUGGGAGAUCGUAAGACAUAUGUUGUCGGAUUAGAGAUUCUUUUUGCGAAGCAAGAGCCAGUGAAGCUUGGUGCUGCCAGAGCAGAUAUUUGUCGACUGUUUCAUGCGAGGGAGAAUCACUUCAUUGUUGGGUUCAAGUUCUAUCGCGACAACCAGGAUCUUAGCUUGACGCACAUGAGACUCCUCGAGCAGCCACUGACGAAAAUGGGAGUCUGCUCACGCGUGGUCGGCAAGUCCCUUGGCGGCCUUAACGCUACCAGCAGCAUCUGGGCUGGCGAUCUACCGCCAAGGAACGUACACACGUCAAAGAAUAACCUGAACUUGGCAUGGUCCCACGCGGGAUCUCAUUAUCCCACCGAGUGGCUGAUGUUGGGUGAAUCUACGGAAGAGCAAGCGGAUAUCACUGGAAUCUCUAUUGACAGCCAGCUUGGCGGAUUUGAAGUCCAUUUUCAAAACCAAGCGACCCGGAGGAUAGGCUUAGCCUUCCACGCGAUGAAGACUCUGUCCAUCGAUGGGCAGGGUGGCGAGCGCAUCACACAGAUCUAUGUUUCCAAGUCAACUCAGCUAGCGAAGAUAUUCGCUACCAACCGCGGUCGCUGUCUCUCGCUGGGCACCUCAGUAUCUGAUUACGAACCGCUAACGUUUGGUGGCGAAUGCGACCCAGAUGCCUCUAAAGUUGCCAUCUGUGGCAUAUACGGGGAUUGGUUCGAGUACCUGGGUGCGAAGCAUCUGCUUAGCCUUUUCGGUGCCUUCGGGUCGUCAGAGCUGCCUCUCUGCCAGGACGAUAUUACGCCCCUGGCACAAGACGGCGACGGCUACUUCUGGGAACCCAAGAGGCCAUCAGCUAGUUUGGUGGAAACUGGCCCCAUUUACGGUUCAGGAACAUAUAAUUGGGCUCCCUUCUCGUUUGCGCAAGAAAGAAGAAAUGAGAAAGUGCCGUCCAAGGGGUGUGUGGUCAGCGCGCUUGAUGUCGACCGCCCCAUCGUGGAGGUACGCGUUACCUUGGUUCAUAGCAACCCAAGAUGUACCAUCGCUCCCAUCGCAGCUAUACAGUUCACGUACCUAGAUGGAGAGAAAAUGGUUGUGGGACCGGAUAAAUUUCCCAACGACUCUAUAUGCCGGUGCUGCGGUGAGAAGACGAGCCUCGCCGAGGAGACUGGGAAAGUACCUCAUUAUCGGCACGAGAUCUGGCGUCCUGGGAAUAAGAAAUUGACCAAACUACGAACGUGGCCAUCUGGGAUGGGGGGACUGGGAGCCAUUCGUUUUGUGGCGGAAGGGGGCGCUGAAAGUCCUCUUUGGGGAUAUUGGGGUUUCGAGACAGAGGGGAAGGAAUGUGAAGAGCUGAACUUUGCAGGAGAACAGUGUGGCACGGCUAUUGGGCUGAAGGUGUUUUCCCAAGGUCUUCAUCGAGGGGAUCAAGGAGAUGAUACUGUGGUUGUUGCCUUCCAGGGGUUAGCUCAUACUUCAGCUCAGGACAGCCGUUGA